UUAUUAUGUGAACUUAUUGUCUUCGCCAAUUAUUAGAUUUAUAGUUGGGGGGGGGGGGGGGAUUUAAAGGUGCCAGUUCACAAAUGGUGUGUUGGAGGUGAGGACGGGGUCCGCCUGGCAAGAUCGCAGGGGCAUCGCGGCAUUCCUGCCGUCGCUCAACCGAGAUUGCAAAUGUUAGAUGUGCCGCCCGUAAGGGACUAAGUGUUGGUCUUGUGUGGUUCUGAAAAAAGGCGGAUCUUGCCAGUGUGUUAACUGGACCUCGACGUUCCGGUCCCGUACUGCUGAACCUGAGCCCGACACGCCCCGGACUAACGAGCGCUUACAGAACCUAAUGGGAGACAGCCUGUGCGAGGCCCUGGAGAAGCUGCAGCUAGCUUUGGCUGACGGCACAGCAGACAGCAUAGAGGCCUGCUUGGACUGUCUGCUGAAAGCCCUGCUACUCAACAAUGCAGAAGCCAGUGAGAAGAUCGCAGAGGCCCAGGUCCUCUCUCAGUUCCCUGCUCUUUUGGACCCACAGGCCUCCUGCUCAUCCAAGGCAGCUAACAUCAUAGCCGAAGUCACCAGGAAUGACUUCAUGCGGAGCUCCUGUGUGGAUGCCGGCCUCGUCCCUCCACUGGUGCGGUUGCUGCACUGUGAAGACCAGGAGGUCCUGCUGCAGACGGGCCGAGCCUUGGGCAACAUCUGCUACGAGAGCCAAUCUUUACAAGCACAGCUGGUCAGCCUGGGCGUGAUCCCCACCCUGGUGAAGCUUCUCAGUGUCCAAUCCCACAAUGCAGCAGUGACAGACAUGUGCCUGGCUGCCUUCACCAGUUUGGCGGAGCUGGAGUCGAGUAAGGAGCAGUUUGCCUCCACGGACAUCGCUGGGGAGCUGGUCAAGCUCCUCCAGAGGCAGGUGGAGCCAGAGAAGAAGGAGAUGAUUUUGGAAGUCCUCGUCCCACUGGCAGAGAACGACCCGAUCAAGCUGCAGCUGGUGGAGGCUGGAUUGGUGGAGUGUUUGCUGGAGCUGGUGGACCAGACAGUAGAUGGGAAGCUGGAGGAGGAUGCGGUCGAGCUGAAGACGGCCUCGGACCUCAUAGUGCAGCUGCUUCUAGGAGAUGAAUCCAUGCAGAAACUGUUUGAAGGAGGUGCGGGUUGUGUGUUCCAGAAGGUUCUCUCAUGGGUGCCCUCCCACAGCCACCAGCUGCAACUGGCUGGGGCUCUGGCCAUCGCCAACUUCUCUCGUAACGAUGCAAACUGCAUCCACAUGGUGGAAACGGGCAUCGUGCAGAAGCUACUGGCGUUGCUGGAGCGUCAUGCCGUCGAUGGCAACGUCACCGUGCAGCACGCCGCCCUCAGCGCCGUGAGGAACCUCGCCAUCCCCGUGGUGAACAAGUCCAAAAUGCUGUCGAUGGGCACGGUGGACGUGGUGCUGAAGCUGCUGCCCUCGGAGAUGCCCGUGGUGCAGUUCAAGCUGCUGGGGGCACUGCGGAUGCUCGUAGAUACGCAGGCGCAGGCCGCGGAGCAACUGGGCACCAACCCCGUACUGGUGCAGCGGCUGCUGGAAUGGUGUGAUGCCAAGGACCACGCUGGGGUGAUGGGCGAGUCCAACCGGCUACUGUCCGCCCUCAUCCGGCACAGCAAGUCAAAGGAUGUGGUUCGAAUGAUCGUCCAGGGAGGCGGUGUGAAGCACUUGGUUGCCAUGUCGACGAACGAGCAUGUGAUCAUGCAGAACGAAUCCCUGGUGGCUCUUGGGGUCAUCGCGGCCCUGGACUUGGGCGUGGCAGAGGGAGACUUUGAGAGAAGCGGCUUGGUGCAGGUUCUGCACAGGUUGCUGUCGGACGAGCACAGCGCCCCUGAGAUCCAGUAUAAUUCCAUGAUCCUUGUCUGUUCCAUCAUGGGUUCUGAGUCCCUGCACCGAGCUGUUCGGAACCUGGCCUUCCUGGACCUGGUGGCCAAGCUGCGAGCGCAUGAGAACCAGACGGUGGCCCGGCAGGCAUCGUUGACGGAGCAGAGGCUGACGGUGCAGGGCUGAGGGACCAUAACGCCUCUGCAUGCCGACAUGAAACCUGAGCCCCAUCUGAGGCGCCCUCACCAUCCUUCCAGCAAAACAGAACCAUUUUUUUCUACAUUGUCGCGACGGCGCCCCCUUUUGGGCUGGCUGCUCACUGUCCCGUCAUUGAUAUACCGGCAUUCAUCCUCAAAGGCCUGUGUGUUCACCCCACCCCCCCAAAAUUUAUAUCUACCCCACCUUCCCUGGCUGUUUGAGAGAACAGGUGAAGGGUGCCCCCUGCUGGUCAUCCUUGAUUAAAAUGUCCAAGAAAUUCCAAAUCAUAGUGUUUAGGAUGCUGACGUGGUGUCGUGUUCAGUGUGUGGAGGAGGUCACAUGACAGAGUGCUGGAGCCAGUGUCCCUGAAGGAGCAACUCAGCCACAGAGCUGGGCCCGCACCACGGCACUCUACCGUAGUUGUGUUUAGCGUCUGGCUUCUGUGUAUUGCGACCUGCAGCAUCCCCUGUCGGGAAAUCCUGUCCGGCCUCCCACUAAGCACAAGUAUGAUUGCUGUACAUUUCCGCUGGAAUGAAAACGACGACCAGAAAAUGAUGCCGAUAUUAAAGCUAAUCUUUAACGAUCA